AUGGAGCUGACAUCUCCUAUGCAAGGCAUGGAACAGGGACAUCAGGAAGGAGUAGGAAUUACCCCUUCUAAACAGGCUGACCAACCGGAUAUGGAAUCAUUUCAACUUGCCACAGCUAGGAUCCUAGACCCUAGGCAUGAGAAUCCAGGGAAUAACACACCCUUGGAGGACCCUGCCACCAGGGAAAAGGAAACCCCUUUGGAAACUCAACCACCAAAAACUGAGACAAACAGGAAACGGAUUACUAAUGACCACCUUACAAGUACCCAAAAGGUCUAUGGAUUCUUAAUGGAACUAGUAAUGGGAGUCAAAAGGUUGGAGAAACAUAUUGACAACCAUCUAAAGAUGGAACAGGAAAUGCUGGAUUGA